CUGUACUAGUGCUGUGGUGUUCUGCUGGCAUGCAUACGCCAGUGAUCAUGGAUGUAGCCAUUGUCUUUAUUUUACAGUGACCCCCGUUCCACAGUCUCCUGGGUCUGUGUGUCUUGUUCAUGAGUGUCCCACUGGGAAACUCCAGAGUGUUUGCCUGCCUUCUGCACACAAUAUGGCAGGGUGCAGGAUUCUAUGAGCCAGCUCAAGGCCCUUCCCUCAGCCUUCGCUGUUACUCUCUCACCAAACUCGAUGUGGGGCUUUGCUAAGGAAUGUAUUCUCCCUGACAGGUUUUGUGGACAGAGACUAUCAGCUCUUGAAUCAUCCCAUAACCUGUUUGAUAUCUUUCCACUUCAGCCCAGGAACACUGACCCUAAGAGUGUAUGGACCCUGGCUUUUGCUUUCCUAAAUACCACUGACCCAAGGCUGUGUGUAGAGGAGAAUUUCCCAAAGAUUUGGAACACACAUGUGGGUGCAGCAGCAUGGAGCCCUUCACAGUGAAUGGUUGCCAGGAUACCUCUAGGCGACAAAGGCUGGGGCUCCCCUUUCAAGCAGCCGCACACACUGUAAGAAUUCUUGCAAGAGGGAAUGUGAAUCCUGGAGCUAAUUCUGCCCGUUUCCACCAGCCCCCUCCCUGAGGGGCUCAGCUGGCCGUGCUAAAAGCCGCAGUAGAAAGGUGAAAACGAAUAUUACAAGACUUAAAGUGGAGACAGACAGACAGUGGAAGCAAUGAAAGAAAAGAUCUUGGAAGCAUCUGAGGUUUAAUGAGGACUUUCCAGCAUUCCAGACUGCUGCCCUGCAAUGAAGCUCUGAGUCACGGUCUUUGGGGCUAAGGUAUUGGCAACAAUGUGGAACCCCAGGACAGCCAACCUGACUAACCUUCGCUGUAACCAGGAUCCCAAAAGGGGUCUGGCAUGAAAUCAGAGCAUAGAGAAAGACUUGCUUGUUAAUGGAAACAGGAAAGAAAAAAAGGGUUUCCAACAAAUUGCAACAGACUUUCCACCAUUCUAAAGAACCCACCUUCCUUAUCGACCAAGCCGUUCUAUCUAGUGACUCCCAUUCCAGCCUUUUGCCAGAAACAGAGCAUGUCAAUCCUGCUGGAAAAAUAAAGAUAGGACCUCUGACAAGACCUGGAACAGUGAUACUCUCAAAACGGUCCAGUAGGAGAAUUAUGUCAGAAAGUCCGCACAGCCCCCCUGUGAUACCAUCCCGCAGGCCUGGAUUCCGGGUGUGCUAUAUCUGUGGCCGAGAAUUUGGCUCCCAAUCAAUUGCCAUUCAUGAACCCCAGUGCUUGGAGAAGUGGCGUAUUGAAAACAGCAAGUUGCCCAAACACCUGCGGAGGCCAGAACCCUCCAAACCACAGCCUCUCAGGGGCAGUGGGUCCUACAAUCUUCAGGCCGUGAACGAAGCAGCGUUUCAAAGUUCCCAGGCUCAGCUGCUGCCCUGUGAAUCCUGUGGCCGCACAUUCUUGCCAGAUCGUCGUCUUGUUCACCAGAGGAGCUGCAAGCCGAAGGAUGAGGGGCCCAGAGCACCAAACCCCAACCGUUUUGAUGAUCUGACUGGUGCCAGGAAAGCUGCUGGUGGCAUCCCAGCCCGACCAAAGACUCUCAUCUGCUACAUUUGUGGUAGGGAAUUUGGCACUCUGUCCCUUCCUAUUCAUGAGCCCAAAUGCCUAGAAAAGUGGCAAAUAGAAAACGACCGGCUCCCCAGGGAGCUCCGCCGACCACUCCCACGGAAGCCUCAGCCCCUUCCAACUGGACAGUCCAACCAAGAGGAGCCAAGUCAAGCUCAGCUGAUGCCCUGUGCAAAUUGCGGCCGGACCUUUGCCCCAGACCGCCUUCUGGUACACCAGAGAAGCUGUAGGGUUCAACCAAGUGCACCAAAAAUUCAGAAUUUGACCUUAGGGAGGAAAGGUGGCCUGAAAGAGUCCACAAAUUCCAAGCAGCAAAGGAACAUGGCAGUGCCCACUGUGACUGAUAAGCCAGCAAUGAUAAGGCGUCCACCAACAAUCAUCUGCUACAUUUGUGGCCGUGAAUAUGGAACAAAAUCCAUUGCCAUCCACGAGCCACAAUGUCUGAAAAAAUGGCAUAACGAAAACAACUUGUUGCCCAAAGAGUUAAGGAGACCAGAACCCAAGAAACCAGAAGUCAGGACCAUUACUGCCAAAGGUUUCUAUGAUCUCGAUGCCUUAAAUGAAGCUGCUUGGACAAGCGCCCUGAGCCAGUUGGUUCCCUGUAAUAUUUGUGGGCGUACCUUCCUGCCAGACAGACUGAUUGUUCACCAACGAUCCUGCUGUCUGCCCAGUGGUGGUCACCUCUGGCUGGAAGCAGCCUCGCUGAUUAUCACUGGUGUCCGGUACCAGAACCAGAAUUUCCUAGAUAUGCUGUAAAGCGAGGCAUGUUGGGGAGCUCUACAACCUAUAUGUUGAGCAUCUGGCAAACAUGAACUUGGAAGUCUGGGAGAACCUCCAUGUGAACAAUGGCCACUUUCCAAAGAACAAUAAGGGACAUAUAUUUUAAAAGCAUCAACAGAAA